GUGAUCAAGUGGGCUGCGCCGAACGUUUGCGCAAGCACAACAGUUAAAUUGCCCAGCCUUAAAGUUGUUAAAGGCGAAUUACACGAAAGUUCUUUGAUUUACUUAUUCUAAAAAAUUUUUCUUAUAAAUUAGUAUUAAAUAUGGCUGAAGAAGAACAUUAUGGAUACCAUCAGGAAGAAGAAGACAGAGGGUUGCUUGAUCCAGCAUGGGAAAUGCAACAAAAAAAGACAUUUACAGCAUGGUGCAAUUCACACUUAAGGAAAGUUAAUGUUCAAAUAGAAGAAAUAUCAAGAGACUUUAGUGAUGGACUUAAACUUAUGUUGCUUCUUGAAGUUAUUGCAGGAGAAAGACUACCAAAACCUGAAAGAGGUCGUUUACGGUUUCAUCAAAUAUCUAAUGUUAACAAAGCCUUAGACUUUGUUGCUAGCAAAGGAGUAAAAUUGGUUUCCAUUGGUGCUGAAGAAAUUGUUGAUGGUAACUUAAAAAUGAUUUUGGGUAUGAUUUGGACAAUCAUUUUGAGAUUCGCCAUUCAAGAUAUUCUUGUUGAUGAGUUUUCAUCUAAGGAAGGAUUACUGCUUUGGUGUCAAAGAAAAACUGCUCCUUACAAAAAUGUUAAUGUUCAAAAUUUUCACAUGAGUUUUAAAGAUGGUCUUGCCUUCUGUGCUCUUAUUCACCGUCACCGACCUGAUCUCAUUGAUUACAACAAGUUGUCUAAGGAUGAUCCAAUGCACAAUUUAAAUUAUGCUUUUGAUGUUGCUGAUAAAUACCUUGAUAUCCCUCGUAUGUUGGAUGCUGAAGACAUGGUUAACCAAGUUAAACCAGAUGAAAGAGCUGUUAUGACUUAUGUAUCUUGCUACUAUCAUGCUUUUUCAAGUUCUCAACAGGCUGAAACAGCUGCAAAACGCAUUGUUAAAGUAUUAAAUGUUAAUCAAGGUAAUGAAAAAGCAAUGGAUGAUUAUGAAAAUAUGGCAUCUCAGUUACUUGAUUGGAUUAAUAAAAAAAUUCCUGAGCUUGAAGACCGAACUACUGAUAAUACUCUUAAAGAUGUCCAGAAUAAGCUGAAUGACUUCAGAAAUUACAGAGGCACUGAGAAACCACCAAAGGUUGAAGAGAAAGCAGGUUUAGAAAAUUUGUUUAACACGUUACAGACUAAGUUACGAUUAAGCAAUCGCCCAGUUUAUAUGCCAACUGAAGGCAAAAUGUUAUCUGACAUAGAAAAAUCUUGGAAAGAUUUGGAACAGGCUGAAAAAGAUUUCCAAGAUUGGAUUCUUGCAGAACUUCGGAAGUUGGAGCGACUAGAUCAUCUAGCUGCAAAAUUUAAGCACAAGUGUGAUAUUCAUGAAGCUUGGUCCCAAGGUCAAGAUGUAUAUUUGACAACUGAUGACAUUACUGGUGCUCCUCUUGCAUCUCUAUUGGCUUCUCGCAAACGUCAUGAAGCAUUUCAAGCUGAUAUAUCUGCUCAACAAGAUCGUGUGGAACAGAUCGUAGCAAUUGCUCAAGAAUUAUACACACUUGGCUACAGCAAAAUUAAUGAGGUUAAUGAACGCUGUAGGAUUAUAUGUGAAGAAUGGGAUAACCUUGGAGAAUUAAAUGAAAAACGUAACAAAAAUUUGACAGCUGCUAUUGAAAUUGCUGAGUAUCUUGAUAAUCUCUGGCUUGAAUAUGCAAAGAAGGCAUCGCCAUUUAGUAACUGGAUGGAUGGUGCUAAAGAAGAUUUAAUGGAUAUGUUUAAUGUCCACUCUUUAGAAGAAAUGCAAGAUCUCAAAGAUGCACAAGAAAAAUUUAAAGCUAAUAUGCCAGCUGCAAAAGAAGAAUUUGAGUUAAUAAUGAGUCUGGUUCGUGAAAUUAACUCAAUGAGUAAUCAAAAAAAUCCAUAUACUAACACAAGAUCUGAGGAUUUAGAACAAAAGUGGAAUGACGUUAUUGAAUUGAUACCUAAAAGAGAUAGUAAGUUAUCUGCUGAAACAAUUCGCCAACAGACUAAUGAAAGACUUCGUGUGCAGUUUGCACAGAUGGCAAAUCAAGUUGGUGAAUGGAUCAAACAAAGAACAAGUAGAAUGAGAGAUAUUGGAAUGAAUGCAAGAGGAAGUCUAGAAAGUCAGCUUAAAGAGCUAAACGCUCUUAAUGAUGAAAUCAAUGGCUUUAAAGAACAUAUUUUGGAGAUUGAUGCUUUGAAUGCUUCAGUACAGGCUGCUAUGAUCUUUGAGAAUCCUCACACAUCAUUAACAAUGGAAAUGAUUCGCAUUCGAUUUGAACUUCUUCUUACUGGUAUGACAAGAAACAUUAAUGAGGUUGAAAAUCAGAUUUUGAUGAGAGAUUCUAUUGGCAUAAGUGAGGACCAAUUGAAAGAAUUGAAAAGUUCAUUCAGUUUCUUUGACAAAAAUAAAAAUAACCAGUUAGAUUAUAAGGAAUUUAGACAGUGCUUGGUCAGUCUUGGUCACAGUGUCGAUGUUGAAGAUAAGGGUGAUGCUGAGUUUGCACGUAUUAUGGCUAUGGUUGAUCCCAAUCAAACAGGAUUUGUUACAUUCCAAGCUUUCCUUGAUUUUAUGACUAGGGAAAUGGCAGAUACUGACAGUGCUGAACAAGUUAUGGAGUCAUUUAGAAUUUUAGCGGGUGAUAAACCUUACAUUACUGCAGAUGAACUACGCCGUGAGUUGCCUCCCCAACAAGCUGAUUAUUGUAUUGCUCGAAUGGCUGCAUAUACUGGCCCGGGAUCAGUCCCAGGCGCUCUUGAUUAUAAAUCUUUUUCUACUGCCUUAUAUGGUGAAAGCGAUUUAUAGAUUGAUUGACCAACCUAAAUGGUAAAAGUGGAUAAUAGAUUAUGAUAGGAAUUUGUAAAAAAACAAUUUUUUGUACUUUGGCCAAUUUAUUUGUGGUAAAAUUGAAAUGCCUUCUAAGGCGACUUUCUUGUCACAAAUUUUCCAUUAUUUUUAUAUAGAAUGAAAAAAUUUGAAUCGUGAAUAAGUUAGUUAAAUCUUUUUAUGAAUUUUCGACGAUAUACAAAGUCUUCUUUGUUGUUA